AUGGCUGAAGAGCUUCGGAGCACACUCUCCACAUCCAUGUCCUUCCCCAGGGAUCUGCCUCCCAAGGCGCCUGGAAACAUCAGCGCUGCUGCCUUCCCGGGUCCAGCCAGCUGGCCUCAGUGCCCCUCCGUGAAGUUAGAAGUUCGAGGGUCCUGGCACAGCUCAGAGUCAUGGCAGAGCCCAGGAACUCACAAACUAGGCCUCAAGAUUCCAGAGGUGAGCAAACUGGGGCUGAAGGAACUGUCCCAAAGCAGCGCCCGCCCCCCCCGCCCGCGGCCGCCGGUCGCAGCGCCUCAGCCGCAGCAGUCGCCGGCGCCGCGGCCCCAGUCGCCGGCCGGCGUGAAGGAGGAGGAGAGCUACUCCUUUUUACCUCUGGUUCACAACAUCAUCAAAUGCAUGGACAAAGACAGCCCGGAAGUCCACCAGGACCUGAGCGCCCUCAAGACCAAGUUCCAGGAGAUGCGCAAGCUCAUCAGCACCAUGCCCGGCAUCCACCUGAGCCCCGAGCAGCAGCAGCAGCAGCUGCACAGCCUCCGGGAGCAGGUCAGGACCAAGAACGAGCUGCUGCAGAAGUACAAGAGCCUCUGCAUGUUCGAGAUCCCCAAGGAGUAGUGGGAGGCCGGCUUCCAGGACCUCCAUGCUCCCUGGGAGUGUGACUCCUCCAGGGGCUCUGAACCGCGAGCCCGCGGGGCUAUUGUCCUGCUCUGCAGGCUGAGCCUGGCCUCUUCCGUGCAGGGCUCCCUACUAUGCAUCGUGUGCCUUUGCACCUGUGGGGGGCAGCAAGAAUCCUGGGAGGGUGGAGGACUCUCCUGCCUCCAGGGAGGGGCCGGCAGCUGCCAUUGCCCCCAUGGAUCUGAAGGCUGGGGUAGGGAAGGAGACAGCUCGUCCGCCUCCUCCCGCCUCCACCCUGUCCGAUCAGCGCGUGCCAGGUACAUACUGUGCCCGGCAGCAGCCGUUUCAUGGCACAUCUGCAUAGAACCCAUUGGCCAGAUGAGGCUGCAUUCACGGCACGGUUUAAUAUGGUAAAAGAAGGCGGGUACAGAAUGGAGUCACUUCGAAAGGCCAGAGGGGGCUUCCCUGCCCCACCCCUGCCAAGCUGAUUCCUUUUCUGUUUGAGCCAGUGAGGGAGCUGUGACCGUGGGGGGUGUCAGAGUGUCAGCUGGGGCCCUACAGGCAGCCCUGUCCCCAGAGUCUGUGCCUCCUGUGGUUCUUGUUUAAGUCCUGCCCCCUUUUUCUCCUGUCACCUUGGGUUAGUGCCGAGAAUGGCCAGACGGCUCUGGUCACUGUGCUUCCCGGGUUGAGAGGCUCGAGGUACGUCCUCUCUACUGGGGCUCAGGUAGGUCUCCAGACGGCAGCUCUUCCCUCUUCUGGCAUCUCGGACUCGCAUUGCCCCUCCGGCCUACUCGCUGGAGAGCCAGCUGGUCUUCUCCACUGCAGACGGGCUGUCAGUGCCUUUGUUUAAAGAGGCAGCUCUCAGAGGCUGGGCAGUCCCCGAGCCAGGUCCCUGAGCCAGGCGCGAUCUCGUGGUCCUGAAGGGAUAGGGCCUGGCCUGGGACGGCACGGCUCAGUUCUGGUUCUCAAAUAUUUACUAACAGCCCUCGUUUUCCCCAGCUGCACAGCGUCUUGCAGAUGGGACAUUGUGUGCUGUCCCCUUGACUGUCACAAUGAGGUAAGAGCAGUCCUCGCCCUGGCCUCCCAGGGUGAGGUGAGAAGUAACCGGAUAUUGUUUGGCUCCAGAAAUGGGCACGUUACCUGUGCUGACCAGCACAGGGGCUUAGCAGGUCCUGCCGCCUGACCUGACCUCGUUGGCAGGAGCAUUGGUUAGGUGUUUCCAGCCGUCAGCCCAGUGGUGGCUGUUGUAGCCACCUGUCCAAAGGUGGCUGACACCACAGACCUGGGGACGCAUGAAGGAGGAGGCCAGGCUUUGGAGGCAGUGGGCAGGAAAGCAGGCCCUGAAUUGAAGUGGCAGUCACCUUCCAGACCAGUGCUACCUCAGGACUGUCCGGGCUGGGUUUAAGGGUCUGACGGAGCACCUGAAACGUCAGGCACAAAAAGACCAUGGGGUCAGCUGCGAUGAGCGGGCUUCCUCCUGGGGCAGAGGGUGACAAGCCCUCCCCAGGUCCCCGCGUUUGGACUUGUCACGUGUGUCUAAUGUACAAUUAAAAGGCCUUACGCUCUGCUGUCA